AGGAAAGAAGCCCCACUUCCUCUCUCGGGUGCAAGAAGCGAGGGCUGGUGCAGGCAAGCUUUGCCUUUCCAGUAGCUGUGUUAUGACGUAGCAGCCAUGCUCUUCAGGGGGACUCUGAUGAUCCUCUGCAUUCUGCUUCUAAGUGCUGAAGUCAGGACUGCAUUUGGCACAGAUAGAGAGUUGCCCAAUUCAACAAUUAAACCUGGAUUUCCUAUCACUGUCAAGACAGAUGACCCAGGCGUUCAACACGCAGCUAGGUUUGGAGUGUACAGAUACAACAACCGCUCCAAUGACAUCUUUCUCUUUAGAGAAUCCCGCAUUAGCAAAGCCACGCUGCAGGUGGUAAGAGGCUUGAAAUACACAGUUAAUGUUGAUAUUGGCCGGACUGUGUGCACCAAAAGAACACACCCUGACUUGGAUAGAUGUGCUUUCCAGAGGAACAAGACAUUGAGACAAACAUACAGUUGCUAUUUUGAAGUCUGGAUUACACCUUGGCUGCACAGAGUCCAAAUACUAGCCUCCUUGUGCCAAUGACCUCUCACCAAUGAAGACUGGGAGCUCUGCAUGUUUGUCCUUCAACAACUGUUCAAUGGCUAGUGGUCAAUAAAGACACUGGAUUACAAACAAAAGAA